GGGGUUGCAGUAAGUUAAAGCUGCUUAGAUUUAACACUUCAGCACCUGAACGGUGGGGAGGGGGGAAGUAACUUCUGGUCUUCUAUUAUUUAACUAAUUUUCCUACACUCUUUGGCUUUGCAUAUCAGCACAGCUGUGCUUCACCUAAACUGCCAAGAUGUCCAGGGUAGCAAAAUACAGAAGGCAAGUCAGUGAAGAUCCAGAUAUUGAUAGCUUAUUGUCUACGUUGUCUCCAGAGGAGAUGGAAGAGCUAGAAAAGGAGUUGGAUGUGGCUGAUCCAGAUGAAAAUAUCCCUGUGGGGCUCAGACAGAGAAACCAAACUGACAAGCACUCAACUGGCUUGUACAACCGAGAAGCAAUGCUCAACUACUGUGAAAAGGAGACGAAGAAACUUAUUCAGAGGGAACUGUCAGUGGAUGAAGGGACGCCAGCAGAGAGGAAGAGAGACCCCAGGAACCUGGAAGGAAAGGGCAAGGAAGCUCGUUCCCAAGACCUUGUCAGGAAACGAGACUUCGAUCUGGGAAAAGAAUGUAACAAAGGAGAAUGUGCUCAAAAAACAAGUUACAAAGGGAAGGAAGAAUUAGAGAGUAAAUGCAAUGAAAAACCCAAAGGAGAAAAGGCCCCCAAGAACAAAGACAAGGCCAUUGACAAAAAACUCAUAGGAAAGGACAGAAAGGAAGAAGAGAAGAGCGCAGCACCAAAGAAAGAGCUUGGAAAGGACAGAAAGGAAGAAGAGAAGAAUGCAGCACCAAAGAAAGAGCUAGGAAAGGACAGAAAGGAAGAAGAGAAGAAUGCAGCACCAAAGAAAGAGCUAGGAAGGAAUAGAAAAGGAGAAGAAAAGAGAGAAAAGGAGAGUAAAGAAGAAGAAAGGUGUUCAGCUUUAAAGAAAUACUCAAAGGUUGAUGGUAAGGAGAAAUCACUUACAGACUCCAAAGGUGUCACUGAGGAAAAGGCUCCUCCAGCACCAGAGACAGAGCCUAAACAGAUCCCAGAAAACAGCUCCUCAAAAACUGUGGAUAGCGCCCCAAGCCUGACCAAGGAAGAGGAAGAAGCAGCUUCCAGUAUCUUUGAUGAGCCCUUAGAAAGAGUGAAGAAUAAUGAUCCAGAGAUGACGGAAGUCAAUGUCAAUAACUCUGACUGCAUCACCAGUGAAAUCCUGGUGCGCUUCACAGAGGCCUUGGAAUUUAAUACCGUGGUCAAAGUGUUUUCACUGGCCAAUACCCGUGCUGAUGACCAUGUCGCAUUUGCCAUCGCCAUUAUGUUGAAGUCAAACAAGACACUAACCAGCAUCAAUCUGGACUCUAACCACAUCACAGGUAAAGGGAUCCUGGCCAUCUUCCGUGCCCUGCUGCAGAACAACACCCUGACAGAGCUGCGUUUCCAUAACCAGAGACACAUCUGCGGGGGAAAGACAGAGAUGGAGAUAGCCAAGCUGUUGAAGGAGAAUACCACCCUCCUGAAGCUGGGCUAUCAUUUUGAACUGGCAGGUCCCCGCAUGACAGUCACAAACCUGCUGAGUAGGAACAUGGACAAGCAAAGGCAGAAACGCCUGCAGGAACAGAAGCAGGUUCAGGAACGUAGUGAGAAGAAGGACCUGCUAGAGGUGCCAAAGGCAGGCGGCUUGCUAAAGGCGUCCCCCAAGCCUUCGCCACAGUCAUCCCCAAAAUCUUCCCCGUGGUCUUCCCCUAAAAGUUCUCCUAAGAAGGGUGGGCCUCCGGCUGCACCUCCCCCACCCCCACCUCCACUAGCCCCACCCCUGAUCAAUGAAAAUAUAAGGAAUUCUCUCUCUCCAGCCACCCAGAGGAAGAUGGUGGAGAAGGCACUUCCCGCUCAGGAGAAGAACUCAAGGGACCAGCUGUUGGCGGCCAUUCGAUCCAGCAAUGUCAAACAGCUAAAGAAGGUGGAGGUCCCAAAACUAUUGCAAUAGAACAUGGAAGCUGGAUCUCCCGCAUGGAUGAGACCUGUGGCAGAAAAUAGGAUGUUAGCCUUUCUUAUGACUGUUUACAUGACCAGUCCUUGGGGACUCUGCAGUGGCCACCUGCCUGCCCCAGAGCUGGAGGAGCAGUGUUCUCUGUGGGGUUCAACUGAGGGGGGCAGCCCUGAGAAGGGCCCUGGGGUCAUUGGAUGGUGUGCGGCAGACCUGGUAUUCAUUUUUGCAAUUUAAAAAAUCUUAAAGCUCUUUCUUUUAGCCAGCACCAGCGUGCGACGUGCCAAUGCAAGAUGGGGGCAGGGUUGCAAGAAGGGGAGAAGCAUGUUUGUUCCUGUUCCUGCUGACAGAGUUUGGAGCGUGAGUAGUUACCAAGUGCAGCAGAUGCAGGAUGGAUGUCCCUGAAUGUCUGGGUCCACAUCUCCAGAACUGCGUAGCUCUGCCAAUACAGAACAGCACACGGACAGCAACCUGCACCCCAAAGAGCCUUGCUUUGCUCUUGGCUUGGAGGCUGUUGGGCAAAACUGGCAGCGGGACAUUGUCUAGAGUGAUGCAGAGCCAAACUCAGGAGAAUGCUUGGGGCAGAAAUGAAUUGCCACCUCUCUGCGGGUUUAGGAUCUCCAGUGCCCUGAAAAGGAAAAGAGAGCGUACGGUGCAAGGGGAGAGAUGCUGACUGCCACCGACAGUUAGUAUUGGCUGAAUGUGUUGGGGGGGCUGGGGAGAUACACCUAAUGCUGAUAUUUUAUGCAAAGAAAUAACUGAAAUGUGCAGAGGGCUGGCCCAGAGAUGUCACCUCCCCCCAGUAUCUUCAGGGCUCAGUGCAGCCACUGUCUAGUGCCAUGCUUUACACGACGGAUCCUGCUGUCACUGUGCUGCUGCCCUUAGUGCUGGACACGCAUGGGACGGGGCUUUGGGACUGGCGAGCAGAAAGCAGGGUUUUUGCUGAGAGAACACUGCUCCUGGUUUUCAGAGCCAGCUGUCCUUGAGGGAGGCACUGGGAAGGAUGUACUUGGCCUGCAGGCUGUAGCCCAGCAUGCCCAGAGCCCUCACUUUGCGUGUGACAUGUGUGUGCUCUAGCUCAGCUUUGUCAAUGGCCAUGGGGCUGUGCGUGCUCCCUACACACCUGCCCUUCAGCAGAGCACAAUGGAGGGCAGGUUCAGAGGUGGCACCAGCACAUGUACCUCAGGGGCAGCCCAGCCUGGCUGGCGCAUGCUCUGCUUUUCUCGGGGGUGCAGGCAACUGGAUUUGUCUCGCUAUUGGUUUCACAGACUGUAACUUUCCAAGGAGGCUCUGAACUCCCAGGAGAUUUUCGCGGCCUUAGCACAGGAACAGCUGCAGAUGCAGUGCUGCUUUCCAAUGGCCCCUAAUGCUCUGGAAGAAAUAGCUCAGAGUUAAUGAUGAGAGUUGCUUGUUGUGCACCACUCAGUGUGGAGUGAAUAAGUGUGUGAGGAUGAGGGGCCUGUGUGCCAGUGGAGGGGGGUGUCUGUCAGUGGAACAGAGAAGGGUGGGGCAUGUGCUGGGUGGGGGAGCAGAAGGGUAGGUCCUGUGCUGGUGGGGCAGAAGCAGGGGAGUCUGCGCCAGUAGAGAGAGCAGGGAGGUCUGGCCCA